CGAUCAAUAACAGGUGUGAGGGGGGCGCUGCCAAACUAUCUCUCUCACUUUCUGAGAAUUUGUUGGCUCCCUACCUUGCCACAGAGGGCGCUGGAUAAGAUCUCCUUUUCACCCAAACUAUCCUUCCUUACAUACUGUUUCUCAGUUUUCUCCGUUUGAGUUCGGAUUGUGUGAGUUCUGUUUCAUAAACUUUUCCUAUCGUACACUCAUGCUGUAGAAUAAACAAAAAUUGUAAUAAAUAUUGACACAUUUUCAAAGAAUUCAUUUGAAAUCGUGAUGCCGUAUCUGUAUAUCGAGACAGCUAGAGAAAGAUUGUGCAGAGGCAGCAGGUUAAUGCUGGGCGGCCUCUGCAAUGGGACCCUCGUUCCGAGCGCCCUCAAGGCUGUUCGAGAGAAGACUCAUCAUCAAACAGUUAAGAUUAUUUUUCCAGAACAGUCAACAGAUGCUGUUAUCUACGUAACAGUCGUAGUUGUUUUCUAUGCCGCCAUAAUCCUAAUACUGGUUGGAACAAACAUUCAUCGAUUUCGGAGAAACAGAGCAGGAGCUUUGGGGAAUGGUGAACCAAAUGAACCACCCAAGCACCAAGUUGUGGUGCGCAUGGACCACAGGGAAAGAACCUACCAAACAUCUGCACCACCUGAAGAUAUCAAGGCUGAAGUGGAGAAUCAAGAGACAGACGGUGCUUUGGUCUGAUGUUUUUUUAUCAGGUGCUUCGAAAAGAAACUCAAAACAGUAUUAACUGUCUAACUAAAGAACUUUUCUCGCCAGUUGUCUAGAGCACGGCUAGUGGCCGUGUAUUAAAUUAUUUCGAUUAAGACUGCUUUUCGAAGGCUAGCCAUCACAUGAAAUGAAACUUUAUAAUGCUAUUUUUCAUUUCUGCUGUGGGUUUGCAACAGUUAUUCAGAACUGUUAGACCAAGCUUAUCUUAUCUUAAGUCAAUUCCCGCUAAACUGAUUUGGAAAAUGUUGCAAAAUGUCGAUAUGUACAAAAGCCACAGUUCUGUGAGAAUGAAAAGCGUUUUUGACAUAAAUUUUUAAUACAUAAAAUAUUACUUCGAGACUGCUUUAUCUGGGAACCUAUGGUAAAAGUAGAGAAAUUAUAAUUGAUUUUGAUGAUUUUUUCCUAUUUAAGUGAAAAAUCUCGCCAAAUUGGCGAUUUUCAGAAACAUUUAAUAACUUUUAAAUUACUUAAGAUAUUGAUUUCAAUUAUCUAAAUAACUUGAUUACAUUACUUAAGUUAUUUUUAAAAUAUUUGCUCAUUCUAAAACCCAGAUAAUUCUUUACGAAAAGAUGGUUCAUAUAAUUUAAAAUUACAGCUUUGAAUUAUUUCGGUUAGGGUUUCGGGUAACAUUUAGUAUACCUUUUGACUUGAGUUUGCGGGAGAGAUAUCAAGAACUCCCCUUUUUAAAAUGCUUUUUUUUAUUAUUUAUUUAUUUUUACUUUCAUAGCAGUAGGUCAUCUCAGAUUUAGUGGUAGGAGAAGUUCUCUAGUUAGGCAGACAGUCGAACAGUUGAAACUGAUCUUUGGCGAGAGCUUGAACUUAAUUUAAUUCACUGUACAAUGUGUGGUGCAUUUUGAUGUCGCUGGCGAUAUUUUAGUCAAAGAUGAAUAGACUUGUAGUCAAAAAUAUCUGUGUAUUUUUUCUUCUAAUGACUAUACAUAUUUAAGAAAAUAGUGUGAAAAAGUUUUUCAUAUACAUUUAAGUAAGUAUGCACACAAUUUUCUUUUUCUUUAGCACUAUUUCAAAUCUAUUUGUUGACUAAUAAAUUACUAAUUAUACUUUAUUCAAUAGAAAUUUCAUCCUUUUCUUUGAGAAAAUUGUAAUUGGUCAUAAAAAGUUAUAACUUUGCAGUUACAGUUUGUUUUCAAACUUUCUGAUAUUGUUUUAGCUGGGCAUUUGUUUAUCAUAACAUGAGCAAAUCAAAUCAUUAAAUAUAUGUGAAUGCUUCUUUUUAUAACAUACAGUUUUGUUUAAAAAUUAUUUAUUUUUAACUAUGGAUGUUUUGAGUUUUUUUUUUACUAUCAGUUGAUACCACAGAAGAGGAACAAUUCAAAAUUAUAUUUUUAUGGUGGUAUUUUGUGAAUAUAAAUAAAAUUGUUGUUAUAUAUUGA